AUUUAAACCAGCUGAAUAGAUCACUAUCAUUCAUAGUUCACAACGUAUCGGAAUAAGGAGAUCGUUAAUAAUGAUUCAGCUUUUUAAAGUUGUAGUGUUCUUCUUGGUUGUUUAUCAGUGCCGCCUAGUCAACAGCAAAAAAUAUUUUAAGAUACUGACACUUGAAAAGGAACCUGGACAUGAACAUGAAGUACUUCUGUACCAUUAUAAACCGAUAUCGUUUAUCAAGGAAACAAUAACACCUUUUGGGACAUUUAGCUAUAAACAUUCAGUUGAGAAAAGAGAUUUACACAAACGCAAAACAAGAGAAAUUGAAGAUUUAAUAGAGAUGCCAAAUGUUGCCAUCAAGGAGGAGUUAAAGCCUAUUUUAGAAGAAAAAGUUGCUUUUUCAAGUAUACCUACGGAUAUAAUAUUAACUCGUAUGGAAUUUUAUAAAGGAAAGCCAUUACUACACACCAUUUCGAUGCCUGCAAGCCUUGAACACGAGUUGCAAAAUGAUCAACACAUAGAAGCAUCUUUAAUUGAAACUGAAGGCAUAAAUGAGAAGGCCAUACCUGAGCCUGUGCCUUUGAGUACCCCAGAGCAUUCCUCUGACAUACCAGAUAAAAGUAAUGAGUUAAUACGGGAUCAAAAUAGUGUGGCGACAAAUAUUGAUUUAAACACCGAAGUUGAGAAAAUUAGUUCAAAAACUGAAGAAAAGUCUAAAUUUGAAAAUUUAAAAUCAACUAAAGAUGAAAAUGAAAUAACUCUUGACGAGAAAACUGACAAUACAAACACAGGAGACACAAAAGUAGAUGAUAAAGAAAGUUCUCAAGUGGAAGAAAUCAGUCCCAAAGCAGAAAUAAAGUCAGAUUCAGAAGUAAAAAAAAAUUUAGAAGAAAAUCAAGACAAAGAAAUAUCUCCAGAAACCAAUUUAGAAAUAAAGGGAAAGUCAGAAGAUUUAAAAUUAAAUACAGAAAAUAAUGAAGAAGAAAAUUCAAAAGUAGAUGAUAUCAGUUCAUUAACAGAUGUGAAACCAGAAGAUGCAAAAGUAUCUGAAGAACAUCACGAAGUUGAGAAAGAAGCUGCUGAAGAAAUGUCGCUAAAUGAACAUUCUGAUUCAGGGAUUAUAGAUAACAGAGACAUAGAAACGGAAGCGACACAGGAUAUUAACAAAAAUAUAGUAUUAGUUGCCCCUAUUAAAUCAGAAGACCUUAGUUCAAAGUCCACCGAAGAAGUUGCACAUACCGUAAAACCUGUAGAAAUUCCACCUCUUCCAGUCAGCCCCUUACCAGUACCGGUAUAUAUUCCUUUCUAUACAGAAAUAAGAAACCCACAACCAAUUAUUGAGCCUGUGGUAAAUAUACCACCGGAAACUCCCGCAGAAGUGCAUGAAGUAGUAAGUGUUGUUCCACCUGUAGUGGUAAUAACGGAAAAAAAAGUUAUAUUGCCCCCACCACCGCCGCCGCCUGUUCAAACUAUCGAAACUGUGAUUGAAACUGAAGAAAGGCCAAGUUUGUUUUCGAGAGGAUCACGUUUUAUGCUCAAUUUUAGUUCCCGUAUUCUAAAAAAAUUAUUACGGUUCGUAUCAAGUGCCCGUACUCGACUACAUCUAGAUCCAGCUGAUGAAUAAUAAAUUGUAAAGUUAGUUUUAAAAUAUGUUAUGUAAUCAUUAGUUAUUUAUUAAAUUAUGAAUAGUUAUAUUUAUUCAAGUAAAAUAUUAUUGCAUAUAUGUGUGUUGUUUACAAAACUUUCACCUCAAAAUGAAGUUUUUAAAUAUAAAAAGUUAAUUAUUUAUUUUAUUAAGCAUGUAUCUUGUAUAAGAUUAUAUUCUGUAUACACUUUAUAUCCAUGAAAGACGUCUACUUCAAAGAAAGGUGAUUUAUUUAAAGAUUUUUAAAAAUACACAGAUCAGUUUCCGUGA